AUGGCUCCCACACAAUUAACCCGUGAACUGAUCCCAAUUCUGGUUGUGCUGUCCUUGGCCAUCUUUGUGAUUCGACGAAGAUUCUUCCACACCUUGAGCAAGUAUCCUGGGCCCCUGAUCAACAGUCUCACGGAUGUACCAGCUGCCUUCCACUUGGCUCGGGGCACUCAGCAAUUUUAUUAUAAAGCCCUCCACGAGAAAUACGGCCCUGUUGUAAGAGUUGCCCCCAAUGAACUCAGCUUCAUCAAUGCACAGGCCUGGGAUGAUAUUUACGGGUUUCGAAGGCCGGCUCCCAACAUGGAGAAAAGCCCAGUUUUCAUCGGCGCCGUAGCGAAAGCGCCAGAUGGCUCAAUGGGCAUCAGCAUGGCGCCUCUCGCCACCAAGGACCAUGCGAGGCAGCGCGGUGCAAUGGCUUACUGCUUUACUAACCAAGCUCUGCUGCAACAACAGUCACUCAUGAAAGUACACAUUGAUAAACUCAUUUCUCAGCUCAAGAAAAUGACGCGUCAGGGAGAGGCGGUCGACAUGUCCAGUUGGUACACAUACACGACAUUUGAUCUCAUGGGAGACCUCACAUUUGGCAAGCCCUUUGGCUGCCUGGACCAAGGAGCCGCAACGGAUUGGUCCACAGCUAUCAUAAAUGUGUUCAUCUCGGGUGCCUGGGAGCAAGCCAUACGUCGGAUCGCCGGCGUAGGGAAUUGGCUAUCACUGAGAUUGACACAGCUUCUCGUACCCAAGGAGGCUGCCCGGUGGAGACAGCUGCACUUCUUGAAGUCGAGAGAGACGACGGUCGCGCGCUUAGCAGACGGGGCUUUGCGCAAUCACCCUGAUGUAAUCUAUCAGAUCAUCAAGAACAAAGAAUCCCGCAACAGCCUCACUGACACCGAGAUCAUAAUCAACAUGGUUCUCUUCAUCAGUGCAGGCAGUGAGACCACGGCGGGUACCCUGACCGCAUGGACAUACUUCUACUGCACGCAGGCCAAGGCUCGGCGGCGUCUUAUCCAGGAGGUGCGGGAGUCUGGUUUGUUCAAGUCCGAAGCGGAUAUCAUCUGGGACAACGUCGGCCCGGACAAGCUGCCAUACCUCGACGCCACGAUCAACGAGGCGCUGCGCCUGUUCUCGCCAGCUGCGGCAAGCCAGCAACGGGUUGUACCCAAAGGCGGCGCUAUUGUUGACGGCAACUACCUGCCAGAAGGAGUCUGUGUCGCCAUCCCGCCGUAUGGCUGUACACGGUUGCCAUGUAACUUCAAGGACCCCGACGAGUUCCAUCCGGAGCGAUGGCUAUCCGACCCCAAGUACGCAGAUGACAGGCUGGAUGCUUCCCAACCUUUCAGUGUUGGACCGCGAGUGUGCAUUGGCAAGAACCUCGCAUACUUCGAAUUGCGUCUGAUUCUGGUCCACAUGCUGUGGAACUUUGACUUGGAAUUGGAGUGCGGAUUCUUGGGCAAGCAGACAGAAAAGGCAUGGGGUGAUGGAAUGAAGCACAUCAAGGGUUAUCUGACUUGGAUGAAGCCACCUCUGUGGGUUCGUCUUAAGGAAGCUCAGCAUUGA